GGUGUUUUGCGUAAAAUCGUGCCAAAAAGGAAAAGUGCCAACCGGAAAAGUGCACCACGGAGAGAAACGAAAAUCCUGCACACAGCGCACUAGCCAGCGAUGCCGCCGAAAAAGAAGGGAAACAAAAAGAACCAGGACUGGGAGGACGAUGAGCCGGAAAAGUCCCCAGCGGUCGCGCUAGACGGUGGUAAAGGUUCGAAAAAGAAGGGGGGAGCGAAAGGUGACAACGUGGAUUCGGAGGAUGAAAGUGGGCCAGCUGCUGCAAGUCGUUCUGCUCCUGCCAAGAAGGCCACUCAGGCCGCCAGCAAAAAGGGCAAGAAGGGCAAGAAGGGCGACGACGAUUGGAGCGAGGAUGAGGCCCCCGCAAAGGGUGGUGGAGCGCGUGGUAAGCCGGCACCGGUCGAUUCGGAUGCGGAGGAGGACAAGAAGGUGGUAACGAAGCAGCCGGCCAAGAAGGAAGCGAAGAAGGCGACGGUGGCGGCCAAGGGUAAAGGCAAGGGAAAGAAGGAUGACGAUUGGUCGGAUAAGGAGGAUAAGGAAAUCGAUCUUUUGGCCGGUGGACGAUCGGAUGACUCGGAGGAUGAAGACGAGAUAGCGAUGGUGGCCAGCAAAAAGGGUGCCAAGAAGAAGCAGCAACAGCCGGCGAAGAAGGGUGCCAACAAGAAGCCGGUGGAGGAACCGUCGGAAGAGGAAAGCGAGUCCGAGCCGGAUGAUGACGAGGAAGAGGUGGAGAGUGAAUCCCCGGAACCGGAACCCGUGAAACCGACAAAAGAAGUACCGAAAGCUGUUCCGGCGAAGGUCGCUGAACCGGAACCGGUGAAGCAGGAAGAGCCCAAGAAGGAGGAACCAGUCGUGGAAAGUAAGCCACAGCCGGAGAAGGCGAGCAAGAAGAGUGCCAAGAAGGAACCGGAACCACCGAAAGACGAUGAGGACGGUGAGGCCGAUGAGAUGGAUGAGGUGGCGGACAAGGUAGCGGAAGAGUUGACACUAGAUGAGGCGGACAAAGAGAAGAAAUUGACGCACAAGGAAAAGAAGAAGCUCAAGAAGCAGCAAGAGUUCGAGCGGAUGCAGGAAGCGAUGCUGCGGAAGGGUGGCCAGGGUCACUCGGAUCUCGACAGUAACUUCACGAUGUCCCAGGCCCAGAAGACGGGCAACCAGAGCAAACAUCAGGAUCAUGCCGUUGACAUCAAGAUCGAGAACUUUACCAUCUCGGCCAAGGGUAACGAUCUGUUCGUGAACGCCAAUCUGCUGAUCGCAAACGGACGCCACUAUGGGCUGGUCGGUCCUAAUGGACAUGGCAAGACGACUCUGCUGCGCCACAUCGCUAACCGUGCCUUUGCCAUUCCGCCCAACAUUGAUGUGUUGCUGUGCGAGCAGGAAGUGGUCGCCGAUGAGACGUCGGCCGUCGAGACGGUGUUGAAGGCGGACGUUAAGCGAACGGCACUGUUGCAGCAGUGCAAGGAACUGGAAGAGGCUGUCGAGAAUGGAAAGAUCGAGUUGCAGGAUCGGUUACAGGAGGUGUACAAUGAGCUGAAGGCGAUCGGUGCUGAUUCGGCGGAACCACGUGCCCGCCGUAUUCUGGCCGGUUUGGGCUUUUCGCGUGAAAUGCAGAACCGUCCAACGAAUGCGUUCUCCGGUGGUUGGCGUAUGCGUGUAUCGUUGGCGCGAGCACUCUUCAUCGAACCGACGUUGCUGCUGCUCGAUGAACCGACGAACCAUCUCGAUCUGAACGCCGUCAUCUGGCUUGACAAUUAUCUGCAGGGGUGGAAAAAGACGCUGCUGAUCGUAUCUCACGACCAGUCCUUCCUCGACAACGUGUGCAAUGAGAUUAUUCACUUGGACAAUAAGAAGCUGUACUACUACAAGGGUAACUACACGAUGUUCAAGAAGAUGUACGUGCAGAAGCGCCGCGAGAUGAUCAAGGAUUACGAGAAGCAGGAACGCCGACUGAAGGAGCUGAAGGCUCAUGGUCAAUCGAAGAAGGCGGCGGAAAAGAAACAGAAGGAGAACCUAACGCGCAAACAGGAGAAGGGACGCAGCAAGAACCAGAAACCGGGUGAGGAAGAUGAGGGCCCCGUGGAGCUGCUUUCGAAGCCGAAGGAGUACAUCGUGAAGUUUAGCUUUCCCGAUCCACCACCGCUACAACCACCGAUUCUUGGAUUACACAAUUGCAACUUUAAUUUCCCCAAUCAGAAGCCACUGUUCAUCGGAGCUGAUUUUGGUAUCGAUCUAAGUAGCCGAGUGGCAAUUGUUGGUCCGAAUGGUGUCGGCAAAUCAACGUUCCUGAAGUUGCUAGUCGGUGAGCUGGAACCAAUACAGGGCGAGGUGAAGCGUAACCAUCGAUUGCGCAUCGGUCGGUUCGAUCAGCACUCGGGCGAACAUCUGACGGCGGAGGAAACACCGGCCGAGUAUCUUCAGCGGUUGUUUAAUCUACCGUACGAGAAGGCUCGCAAGCAGCUCGGUACGUUCGGGCUCGCGAGUCACGCGCACACGAUCAAAAUGAAGGAUCUGUCCGGUGGACAGAAGGCUCGUGUAGCGUUGGCCGAGCUGUGCCUCAAUGCACCCGAUGUGCUGAUUCUUGAUGAACCUACGAAUAAUCUGGACAUUGAAUCGAUUGAUGCCCUGGCGGAAGCGAUCAACGAUUACAAGGGCGGCGUGAUUAUCGUAUCCCACGACGAGCGGCUUAUCCGUGAGACCGAGUGUGCGCUGUACGUGAUCGAGGAGCAGACGAUCAACGAGGUGGACGGUGAUUUCGAUGACUACCGGAAGGAGGUGCUGGACAGUUUGGGCGAGAUCAUCAACAACCCGAGUAUAUCGGCCAACGCAGCCGUGCUGCAGUGAUCCGUGUAUUGGGGUAUUCGUUGGCAGGCGUCGUUGCGAUUGUUGAUGCUUCCUUUGUCUUCUUCUCCAUCUUCUUGUCGCAGAACCUUUCUUUCGAAAAUUCGUUUUUAUUAUUAGCAUUUUGAAAAGAAUAUACAAUUAUGGCGCCACUAGCA